GUCAAGAUUUAUUUUGGUUAAGACAAGUUUUGCUUUCUGUGACUGCUCUUUGGGGAGAUGGUCGUUUCUGUGAAGGAUUUCCACAUUUCUCAUAUCUGGAGGUUUUCUUCCACUACUGUGUGUCUUGUCUUUUCUGCUGACAAGACGACCUGAGGAGUCAUACUGUACAACCCACACUAGUGUUUGGUCUUGCUCUGGGAAUAAAAUCUCUCUGUGUCUCUCGUUGUGUGCUGGGACCCCUGGUGCGUGGACCUCGCUCAAGUACUACUUGACUACCUCUUGGAGGAUCCUUUUUCAGUUCCUUAUAAUCUCUGAUCGGAGAGAUUAUGGCUGAGGGUGGUGUCCCGUACCCCUCCGUGUUCAUGGUGGAUAGCCAUGCAGCCUACCCACCGCUGCCCCCCAAACCGAGACCUCCUGGUCGGGGUGGUGUGGCCCAAAGCCUGCUGUUCUUGCUGGUUGGUCUGGCUUUGUGUGGCUUGGCCAUAGAGGCCUGCUUCAUCUACCACCUCUACUCCAAACAGGGAUCUGUGGAGUCAGGGUCAGCUGGUAUGAGUAUCAAGGACCAAGAAGACAUUCCGAAGGAGGUUUCCCCAACUUCAAGACCAAACCCUAUUGUGUUGCCUUCAAAACCUGUUGCACAUCUGACAGCUGGACCUCAAGCACCCCAUGGAGAUGGAGUCAUGGUAUGGAACAUGCAGGCAGAACCAAUCCUCCAUGAAAUGGAGUACAAAGAUGGGAAGCUUGUCAUCCAGAAGGAAGGCUACUACUACGUCUACUCUAAGAUCUUCUUCAGUGAGGUCGAUGUUGCGUUCACACACUCGGUCUGCAGAACUACUCCACGGUACCUUGGGAAGGACAUUGAACUCCUUAAGUCCAGGAGAUAUCACCCCAAGUUUGGGAAAAUGAUGUCCACAUCAAACAGCUACCUGGGAGGGGUGUUCCACCUCUUUGAAGAUGACUCCAUCUUUGUCAAAGUGAAAAAUGUCACUCAAGUUCGGAUACAACAUUCCACAGAGAACGUGUUUGGUAUCUAUAUGAUAUAAUACGGGUUGAUGAUGAAGAUACAUUUUUUUAUAUAGCUGGCUGAUUAUCAUUGGUUUAAGGCAUAAUAAUACUGUAGGCCAAUUUACAUGUAAUAUUGCUACGCAGGGCCUUCCCCCUUCCCGGCACACCCUCAUUUUCUUUAAACAAAUCCUUGCAUCAAGAUGCAAUUCGAUGCGCGGAAAAUUUACUGUUGACGAAAAAGCCCCUUUAUAAUAAAGCCAUAAUAAUGUUUGCCAUACACUAGGCUACAGUUGAGCAGAGGCGUUUUUAGGAUUUCCACACAUGGAUUUUUUUAGCAGGGUCGUAAAAGAAUCUGCCUUUGAAAAAAGGCAUUUCAUGCAGUUCUACGUCAUUUACAUGAAAGACAUUGGUUGAAUCGUUUUAUUACCACACAACUGACUGAAAUGGCUGGCUACUCUGACACUGACAAACUGAGAUCAAUCUGGCCUUGAAUUCAAACAAACAAUAGCCCAGGCCAAUGAAGCGACACACAGAUUGUACAAUAUUAGGAGGCAAUAUAUAUAUAUAUACUGUAUAUCAUAGUUUACAGUAGGUUACUAAAUAAAAUGUUGAGUGGAGGGCCUCCCGGGUGGUGCAGUGGUCUAAGGCACUGUUUCGCAGUGCUAGCUGUGCUAGCUCUGUCGCAGCCGGCCGCAACCGGGAGGCACAUGGGG